AUGGCCGAGCUUAAGCCCUACCGCGGAGACUACUAUCUCUGGCUCUACCUUCCUUCAACUGUAGCCGGCGCUAUAUUCACCACUCUCUUCGUUCUCAGUACAGCAUUCGUGGCAUGGAGGAUGAUUAAGUCGCGAGCCUGGUUUUGCACCGUGUUCAUCAUAGGCGGUCUAUUGCAAGUUGUCGGCUACGCUGCUCGCUCCGUGGCUAGAAACAAGACGGACCAGCUCAUGCCCUACGCCAUCCAGAGCACUUUCACCCUCGUCUCGCCAGCUCUAUUCGCGGCAUCCGUCUACAUGAUCUUCGUUGCGGGUGAUGUGAUCUCUUUCGUUGUCCAAGCCAGCGGGGCCGGCAUUAUGGCCUCAGGAGGUACUAUGUCAACGGGCGAGAAUAUCAUCCUUGGUGGCCUUUUCGUGCAGAUUAUCGUCUUUGGAGUUUUUGUCAUCACAUCGGCCACUUUUCACGAGCGAUACAACUCGACUCAAGUAAAACAUGUCCUUUACGCGGCCAAUAAUCAGGAGUGGAUGAAGAUCAUGCAUAUGCUGUAUGUUGUGAGUGGACUUAUCAUGGUUCGAUCCAUAUUCCGAGGCGUGGAGUACAUUAUGGGGCACGAUAGCUACCUGCUCGCCAAUGAGUGGCCAUUGUACAUAUUUGACGCAGUUCUGAUGUUCUUUGUCGUCGUUUUAUUCGGCUGGAGAUUCCCUGGCUACCUCGCAAACGGCAACACAAAAAACACGCCGGAGCCGAGUCUUCUCCUAGCGAGCAGUACAAUAUGGAUAUACAAGACAACAAAUAACUCCAACUGUCCAUAG